CUGGGUGGCUGCUCUGAGUGAUCGCUGCUGAUGGUCAAAUUUCAUUUCAGUCAUGGCUUUGAGAACCGGUUUGGUCUACAAUGAACAAAUGAAGAAUUACAGCCUGCUGUGGGAUUUCCCAGUUUGCAGUAUCGAAAAGCCAGAGCGACUGUCUGCUUCUCAUGAAAAACUGAAAUACUAUGGUCUUCUGGAAAGAUGCAUCCCACUAUCUGUUCGAGAAGCCAUUGAAGAAGAACUUCUGUUGGUUCACAGCUUGGAUUACAUAGAAGAUGUGAAAUCUACUGUAUCUAUGAAUGUUGAAGAGCUGAAGACAUUUUCCUAUAAUUAUAAUGAUGUGUACUUCCAUCCUAAUUCUUACCACUGUGCCAAAGUAGCUCUGGGAGCAACUCUGCAGCUUGUUGAUGCAGUUAUGUUGGGUAAAGUAAGAAAUGGGAUGGCAUUGGUCAGACCUCCAGGUCAUCAUAGCCAGAAGAGUAAAGCCUGUGGAUUUUGUAUCUUUAAUAAUGUAGCAAUAGCAGCCAAAUAUGCAAAAGAAAAAUAUGGAGCAAAGAGGAUUCUGAUUGUUGAUUGGGAUGUGCAUCAUGGCCAAGGAACUCAGUACACAUUUGAGGAGGAUCCCAGUGUUCUAUAUUUCUCAUGGCAUCGUUAUGAAAACCAGCAGUUCUGGCCCAAUUUAAAGGACUCUGACUACAGUGCUAUUGGAAAAGGCAAAGGGGCAGGAUUCAAUGUAAACAUUCCAUGGAACAAGACAGGAAUGGAAAAUGUUGACUAUCUGGCAGCUUUCUUCUACGUUUUACUUCCGAUGGCUUAUGAGUUUAAUCCAGAAUUGAUUCUGGUUUCAGCUGGAUUUGACACUGCAAUUGGAGAUCCAGAGGGUGAAAUGUGUGCUACACCUGAGUGUUUUGCUCAUCUGACUCACUUGCUGAUGCCACUAGCUAAUGGGAAACUAUGUGUUGUGUUAGAGGGAGGAUACAAUUUACGUUCCCUUUCGGAAUCUGUCUGUAUGACUGUCCGAGCAUUACUAGGAGACCCUAUGCCUCCGUUGGUUGGGGAAAUUGUGCCAUGCAUAAGUGCCAUAGAAUCUGUUCAGAAUGUGAGAGCUGUGCACCAGCCAUACUGGAAGUUUUUAAAAUAUCAAGAUGUACUUAUUAAUGAGACACAACCGAAGAAACAGAACUUUGGGUUUGAUGAAAGUGAUUCUGAAUCAAGUACAGUUACAAGUACAGAAGAGAAGAAAGUCCCUACAGGCUCCGAUGUGAAUCAAGACUUUGAGGAGUUUAUGGAUUCCCACAUGAAGAAAGUUCUAAUAUCAGCCCCUGCCAUAAGAACUGCAUUUGCUGGUUGUAUAGAAAAGCUAACCAAAUUGGAUCAAUGCCUCAAAGUAGAAGAGAGGAAAGUCACCAUAGACGAAGCUGGAAUUCUCUGCAGUGCCGGUGACUAUACACAGCCAAUGGUUGAACAUCUUUUACUCUCCCUGGGAAAAAUAUUUCCACUGAUUGAUAAAAUCAUGCAAAGGGAGGCUAGAAAUGGCAUUGUGGUAUCUUCGACACAAUUAGCUGGCGUCUCUGCAGCACGUUAUGCUCUCCAAGUUGGAGCAAACAGAAUUUUUCUUCUGCUGCUUGGAGAAGCUAAUAUUCCAAUUGAUAUUCAAGAGGAUGAAAAAAUUCUGGUGCUGCAGAUAAAUGGUAAACAGGAUGAGAAGAAGCUCAGCAAGUACUACAUUCCAGUCUGCUGGGAGGAGGAUAAUGAAUGGGAUGGGGAUCUUCUUUAUUCACUCUGUGAGGUUAUUCUACCUUUGGCAUGUGGAUACAGACCUGAACUGGUGAUCUUGGUAGUGGGAUCUAAUAUUGGAAUUCAAGCAAAUACGAUAGCUCAUGUGACACAUUUACUCCAAGUGCUUGCUCAGGGUCGGAUCCUUGUAAUAAGCCAGGCUUGUGACGUCGUGGAGACUUUGCUGAAUUCUUUAAUUGGUGAUGCAUUAUCUGCAAUGAGUUCUCUUGACAUAAAACAAGAAAACACCCAAGUAUUGGUAAAACUUCGACAAGAAUUGAAAAAACACUGGAGGUUGCUUUAGACCAGAGGAGCCCUGUUGGGAGUCUUCAUAUCUAACCUGAGCAGUGAAAGUAAAUUCACUAUUCAACUGGAGCAAUUUGCAUCUGCUUCAAUCAACGCAUUCCAGACAUGAUCGUCCAAACCACUUUAAAUAGGCCAGAGAGAGACCCUGAACCAUU